CCCGGCCCACAAUUUGCGGAGUCCCCCUGACGCAUGCGUAAACCGUUGAUCUAAUAAAACCUUCCUCGGUGGGAAUCUUGACGCUGAUUUGGUGCGAAUCAUCAUCACGAACGCGUCUUCGCCAUGGCAUCCAGCGGGUCCCUCGUGCAGGCAGCGGUGUUCCUGCUGGCGGUGCAGCUGCUCUGGGUCGGUGCGGCGGAUGCUGACCAGGAGACGGGGACCGUCAUCCCAGCCGAAAGUCGUCCAUGUGUGGACUGUCAUGCCUUUGAGUUCAUGCAGAGGGCGCUGCAAGACCUGAAGAAGACUGCUUUCAACCUUGAUGCAAGGACGGAGAUGUUGGUUCUGAGGGCAGAGAGGAGGGCUCUGUGUGACUGUAUGCCCACCAGCUCUCUGCUCUGAGCCCGUCCCGCCCCGACGAGGCCGCCACCUACCCAGAAACACCCACAGCCGCCCCCGCUCCAUACCUCUACCCUUGUACAGCAACAUCUGAACUUCUCCUCACAAUAGGCACUUUAUUUUAUUAUUUCACAUCAUUACAACUGGGUGAAGCUAUAACUCACGUCAUCAUUUAGCCUUAUUCAGGCCACCUUUUAUACCACUAAUGUUUGUGAGUCAGUCGUUGUCAGCGUCGGUCACGAAAACACAAACACGGUUUUGUACUUCCUAGUAACUGACCUUAAUGUAGAUUAGGUCUGUGAAGGAUUGUGUUGUAUGAGAUUAUUGUUUACACACUCUAGACUGUAGCAUCAUAGAGUUUAUUUACCUGCUGGUAAUAACGGCAGUUUCAAAUAGUAACUUUAGGAUAAUCAGAAUCUGACUGUAAUUUUACUGAUUUAAAAUGGUUGAUUUGCAGCCUGCAGGAACGCUUCAGUAACUAACGACUAAGUUUGUUCCCUUUUUCUCUGUAAUUACUGGAGAUUUGGUGUUGUGGUCGAGUGAAGAACGCUCGUAGGUCUUGAUUUAGCACAGCAUUGUAGCAUGAAUUUACAGCACUUUCCAUUCACUUGUUAAUAAAGAUUGUGUGUAUAAACUACGUAAAUGUACAGGGGUACUUGUCAUGGACGUGUCUGCAGACUUCCGCCUGGCGAUGGCAGAAAAAGUGAUGAACUGCAGCAUCAGCAGGAGAAAGAAGGGAUGGAGAGAACUGCUGCAGGAAAUGUGGAGGCAGAAAUAAUAACUGUCUUUUUUAUUUUAUUUAUUUUUUGCUUAUAUGUGUGUCACAAAGAGCGCCAUCUAUUGUCUUAAUGUUGUACUUAUAAAGGUAUGAAAUAAU